GAUUGGACAGCGAUCUGGACGCGGUGUGGCGCCUGCUUUGUUAGAUCGAUCCAUGCUAACAUAUUCUCUUUGUUGUGAUUGCCGUUUAGCGGUUUUGUUUCUUCUUUAAUACUUUGUAUUGAUAGAGUUGUUAUUGUGAUAAUUUAAAGGAUGAGUGGCGGAGUGUACGGAGGUGAUGAGGUGGGAGCUUUGGUGUUCGACAUUGGCUCUUAUUCUGUAAGAGCUGGUUAUGCGGGAGAAGAUUGUCCUAAGGCGGACUUUCCCACCGUGAUAGGUGUAAGUCUUGACCGUGAAGAUGGCAGUACACCUAUGGAGACAGAUGCUGACAAGAGCAAGCAGAGUGGUACUACUUACUACAUUGAUACCAACCAGCUAAGGGUACCGAGAGAGAGCAUGGAGGUCAUGUCUCCACUUAAGAAUGGCAUGAUUGAAGACUGGGACAGUUUUCAGGCCAUUUUGGAUCACACCUACAAGAUGCACUUCAAGUCUGAACCCAGUCUGCAUCCAGUGCUCAUGUCAGAAGCAUCAUGGAACACACGAGCGAAACGGGAGAAACUAACCGAGCUUAUGUUUGAGCAUUACAACAUUCCUGCCUUCUUCCUCUGCAAGUCAGCUGUGCUGUCUGCCUUUGCAAAUGGCCGGUCGACAGGCCUGGUCUUGGACAGUGGAGCCACACACACCACAGCCAUUCCAGUACACGAUGGCUAUGUCCUGCAGCAAGGCAUUGUCAAAUCGCCCCUGGCUGGAGACUUCAUGAGCAUGCAGUGUAGGGAGCUGUUCCAAGAGUUAAAUGUUGAAAUAAUUCCUCCUUAUAUGAUUGCUUCAAAGGAUCCAGUGCGGGAGGGAUCACCUGCUUGCUGGAAGAAGAAGGAGAAAUUACCUCAAGUCACUCGAUCGUGGCACAACUACAUGUGUAAUUGUGUGAUCCAGGACUUCCAGGCGUCUGUGCUUCAAGUGUCAGACUCGCCAUAUGAUGAACAGGUGGCUGCACAGAUGCCCACAGUUCACUAUGAACUGCCAAAUGGCUACAACUGUGACUUUGGGGCAGAGAGGCUGAAGAUCCCAGAGGGGCUGUUUGACCCCUCAAAUGCUAAGGGCCUGUCUGGAAACACAAUGUUGGGGGUUGGACAUGUGGUGACGACCAGUGUGGGAAUGUGUGACAUCGACAUCCGACCCGGUUUGUAUGGCAGUGUUGUGGUGACAGGAGGAAACACUCUCAUUCAGGGCUUCACUGACCGACUGAACAGAGAACUCUCCCAAAAAACCCCUCCUAGCAUGAGGCUAAAGCUGAUAGCCAACAACACUACAGUCGAGCGCCGGUUCAGUGCCUGGAUAGGAGGCUCCAUUCUGGCAUCACUUGGAACGUUCCAGCAGAUGUGGAUCUCCAAGCAGGAGUACGAAGAGGGUGGAAAGCAGUGCGUGGACAGGAAGUGCCCUUGAUUUGAUAUGAAACCUUCUACCUUCAUUGCCACUCACCCCAGACUCAGGCACCCCUGGAUCAUGGCUUGUUUUGUACAAAUAGUUUUUAAUCCUGGGUUUGUCCCUAUGCUGUGUCUGGAAUUUAUGUCAUAAAAUAGACGCAAAUCUAAAGUAUGAGCUAUGUCACUGAAGAAAUUGGGUUUACCUUGUUACCUUGAGCUUACAUCUUAACAGUUUGAUGCCUUAUCUUUAGGUGGUGUUUUUUGGAAGUCUUGCAUCUACAAAAGGUUUUAGUAGCCAUCGGUUUUUAGUCACAUACUGUAGAUGCCAUGCCACAAGAAACAAGAUUUGUUUGCAAGGUUUCUACUGAAUAACGUAAAGUUAUUGAUGAGUUUGAUUUUUGUUCAUAACCUUUUUUUCUCUUGUGUAGUAACUCAUCACCUCAUCUAUCGUUAUUAAAUCUGUAUUUAAUUUUCA